UCGAUACCGGCCUCGCGGGCAUGGCCCUUCCCGCGGGGGCCGGGGCUCUGCUCGCCGGCGCGGCCGCUGUCGCGCUGCUCUCGGCCGCGCUCGUGCUCUACGAGCUGUCGCCGGACGCAGUUUUACAAAGAGCAUUUUCACUGCAUAAAGCACAUUCAAUAAAGGAUAUGGAAAAUACGUUGCAGUUGGUGAGAAACAUUAUACCUCCUCUGACUUCCCAGAAGCACAAAGGCCAAGAUGGAAGAAUAGGCAUCAUUGGGGGCUGCCAAGAGUACACUGGAGCGCCCUACUUCGCUGCCAUCUCAGCUCUCAAAGUGGGCGCAGAUCUGUCCCACGUGUUCUGCACUCGGGAGGCCGCGCUGGUGAUCAAGUCGUACAGCCCGGAGCUGAUCGUUCACCCGGUUCUUGACAGCCCCAGCGCCGUUCACGACGUGGAGCAGUGGCUGCCGCGGCUGCACGCCCUGGUCGUGGGGCCCGGCCUGGGUCGGGAUGAUACGCUUCUUGAAAAUGUUAAGGGCAUCUUGGAGGCAUCCAAGGCCAGGGACAUCCCCGUUGUCAUCGAUGCAGACGGGCUGUGGCUGAUCGCUCGGCACCCGGCCCUCAUCCAGGGCUACCAGAAGGCCGUUCUCACUCCCAACCACGUGGAAUUCGGCAGACUCUCUGAAGCCGUGCUGCGAGACCCCGCGGACGGCAGCGAUCAUCGCGAAGCUGUGCGAAGACUCAGCCGGGCCUUGGGGAAUGUGACCGUGGUCCAGAAAGGGGAGCGGGACGUGAUCUCCGACGGCGAACAGGUGCUCGAGUGCGUGCAGGAGGGCAGCGGCCGCAGGUGCGGUGGCCAGGGAGACCUGCUGUCGGGCGCCCUGGGUGUCCUGGUGCACUGGGCGCUGCGUGCCGGGCCUGAGAAGACGAACGGGUAUGUGACUCCUUCGCUGGUCCUCCCGAGAGUUCCACCGCAUGAGCUGUGUCCAGCCCUCUCCUCCUGGCCGCCAUGGGCGCGUGCUCGCUCACGAGGCAGUGCAGCCGGCAGGCCUUCCAGAAGCACGGCCGCUCCACCACCACCACCGACAUGAUCGCGGAGGUCGGGCCCGCCUUCCGCAGCCUCUUUGAAACCUAAGCGGAGGCCCCAGGAAGCGAGCGGCCCACGGACAGGGAGGCUGUUUGUCACAGGAAGCCACGUCCUGUGUCCCAGCCCUCGGGUGUCAGACCGCGUGGUCCAGGGGUGGAUUUUUGGCUGCAUGCGCAGCUGGCGAGGUGACACGAGACCAAGAAUCCCUGAACUCCCCCGAGCUGCUCGCCAGGAGCCGAGCCGCUGAGCUCUGCGUGUGCUCCAGGAGCGCAGGCCCGCCCUACCCACGUGCCGUGCGUCCACGCGACGACAUCCCCGCGGUGGGUGCCCUCACGGGUCCCGUCGAUCCUGUUCAGUACCUGUGAGAGUGCUGUUGAGGUGGCGGUCCCCAAGCACUGUGGCCCUGGUGGUCGUGCUCACGUGCGCUGCUCAAACACUGAUCGGGUUGGAAUUGUCUGGGCAGAAGUCGUCCGCAUCGACUGUGCUUAAUGGGAGUGUUUCCUAACAACCAGUGACCGGUUUCUGGAGGACACAGGACACUGAGCCCCGAGCAUGAGGGCAGGGCUCUGCCUGCUCCUCCUCCGUGUGCGCUCGAGUCUGCGGGCAGCUGUCCCUGGGGGACCCUUGGGAUGUGGCCCAGCCGUGUGCUCUCUCGGGGAGGCAGGACAAAGCUGGACACUCGGAGGGCGUGGCCACACACGGGCCAGUACUGGUCCCGGGAGGCCCCAGGUGGGGGGACUGAACAUGGUCAUCGGAAGUGGAUGUGUCCUCAGGAGCAGAAUCUGUGAAGGAAGCGCGCUCUGCGAGGUGCCUUGUGAGCCUCUGGCUGGCUUCUGGAUGGUGCUUUGGGCACGCAGUUUUCUCUGCGGCUCCCCGUGGGCUUGGGUCCUGCGCACGUGAGUACUUCCGUAGGCUUCUCCGUGCUUUCUGCCAGGACGGGACCCGUGUGGAUCCUUUGUUCCUCCUGACGGACGCUCUGGGAUUCAGUUCCCUCGCCCCAGACCGAUUCUGCUUUAAACCAGAUUCUUAAAAAACGUGCACCGCUCCUCACACGUCGCUGGGGAACGUCACCGUGCUUCCUUCUGGGCAGUUACAUCGAAAUCCUGGUAGCUAUUAAAAGGCAAAUUUGGUUUAUCUCAA